AUGCCCAUGCUGCUGGCUCCCGACGAUCCGCCGCAGGACGGGACCGGGGCUGUUUGUGCCGCAGUUGCUCCGGGAACGCCGACAAUGAGUCGCGUGGCUGCCAGCACAGCGCUGCGAAGCGUGAUCUUGGCCGCCACUGCUUGCAGCGGCGCUGCCAGUGCCGCCACCAGCGCUGCCGACGAGCUGGCGGAGCUCCGAAAGGACUUCCGUCGAUCGGUGGAGCAGCGCGAGGCUCGCCGAUCCAGCUCAGCGCCCUACUUGGGCUUCUCGAGAAGUUACCUGAAGGAACGAGAUCCGGAGAGUUUUGCCCGGGUAGAAGAGCAGUCGAAAGCAGCUCAGGACCGUGCGGAGGCGGCCCUGAAAGCGCACCGCCAGACACGUCUUGCGCUGUGCCGGCAACAGGCUUCUAAGAAGGACGCCGAGGGUGCCGAAACCACCGACACCAUCGAGCGCAGCAGGCAUGAGGCGGCAAAAGCAGUCGCCCAAACCGCGGAGGUCCGAGCCCACCUGGCCGCAAGCGAGCUUGAGCUGGCGGAGGAGCAGGAGGUUCGGCGAAAGCUGGAGGCGGAGAUGGAGGCGCUAAAUCAGCGUAUCCGGCAGACGCAGGCAGAAGCAGCGCUCGUGCGCGCAGAGCUGGAUGGGACAAGGGCCAGCGAGGCCGCGAACCUGUCGAAGCUCCGAGAAGAGCUCCAGGGCGCAAGGUCCCAGAUCAUUUCCCAGGCCGAGCUGACGAAGAACGCCCGGGAGGCUUCCAGCGAGGCCUCCGCUGCCCUCGCAGCGAUGGCGGAAGCCCGGGCGGCUGCGAAGGACGAGGCCGCAACGGCCUCUUCCCUACGGCAGACCCUCAAAGAGGCCCUGGCGGAGGUUGCAGCGGCAAAGUCCGAGAUCUGCGACCAGCAGGUGGAUGCCAGUGUUCGAUUGAUGCAGCUGGAGCAUUCAGAGGCCGAAGCAUUGACGGCGCUGUCCCGUGACUCCAUGCAGCAUGAACUCUCGGAGAUGCUCGUGGCGCGCAGGGAGCAGGGCGCGCGGCGCCUGAUCUCAUCGCUCUUGGCUUCCAGUUUCGAGGCUUUCCUUCGCACCGCUUUUCGAGCCUGGCAGAAGGUGAAGGACGACGAGCCCCUGGCGAAGGAGGCUGCAAAAGCUGCAGAGUGCAGGCGCGAGGUCACCGAACUGCGCGCAGAGCUGGCAGCUGAUGUUCUGGCUGCGAGCACCGCGGAGGCUGAUGCUCUGAGGAGGCAAGUGGAGGCCUUGAGCUCCGAAGUGCGGACAGCAGCGGACAAGGCAGCAGAUGCAGCGGUGGAGCUGGAACGUGCCAGGUCCGACGAGGCUUCAUUGCAGGAGGAACUGCGAAAUGCGCGGUCCCGUGAAGCCUCGAGCUCGGAGCAGUUGCGCAAGCUGACGGAUGGAAGGUCCCAAGAGUCCGCAGAGCUCGAGCGACUACGGAGCGAGCUCGAGGACUCCAGGACAGAAUUGAUGCAAAGCCGCCGUGAAGCUCAAGAGGCCGUGUUGGCUGCCGAAUCUGCCGCAGAGCAGGCUGCCAGAGCAAGCGCCAGUCAGGCCCUUGUGGCCACUGCUGAAUCUGCGAAAGAUCGAGCUGAGCUGCUAUGUGUUUCACAGAGGGCGGAGGCGGCAAAGCACGUCGUCGCCUCCUUGCUCUCCGGACGUCUCGAGGCGACCUUGCGGGCGGCUUUCUCCGGAUGGCGGUCGGCGCAGGAGUCCGACAAGGCGGCGCACGAAACAGAGCAAAUGAGGCUUCUCUUGCGAUCUGCCAAGAUUGACCUCACGGCCUCGCAGGAGCUGUGCAGCGCCCGUGCGGCAGAGGUCGAGGCACUGACCGCCUCCUUGGCGACAGCGCGGUUCGAGCUCCAGGCGGAUGCGAGUGCAGCAGCAGCUCAUGUGGCGCUCAGGCGCUGUUUCAAGGCCUGGCAUCAGAAGGCGGCCCAUCAUCGGCAGCAACUUCUCAGGCGUGUUUGGGGCUCCUGGGUCGUGGCAGCUCGCGCUGCUCACCACGACCUGUCCAUCGGAGGAGAGCAAAACGCGGGCCCACCAGCGGCACCAGCGGCUGAGCUUGUCUCGAAGAUCGCAGAGCUCGAGAAGCAGCUGAAGGAGCAGAAGGAGAUAGAGGCUGCCGUGCGGCGCGCUGCGGCAGACUCCAGCUGUGCGGAAGUGGAACAGCUCGCCCUGCUCCGCUUCUUCGAGCGGAGGGAGGCUGCGUUGUCCAAGGCCUUCGCCACGAGUCUCAGCCAGCGUGUGCAGGACUUCUUGGCUGGCAUCCUGCGGGAAUGGCGCCACUGCAUCGAUCGUGACCGAGGAGAGCAAAACGCGGGCCCACCAGCGGCACCAGCGGCUGAGCUCGUCUCGAAGAUCGCAGAGCUCGAGAAGCAGCUGAAGGAGCAGAAGGAGAUAGAGGCUGCCGUGCGGCGCGCUGCGGCAGACUCCAGCUGUGCGGAAGUGGAACAGCUCGCCCUGCUCCGCUUCUUCGAGCGGAGGGAGGCUGCGUUGUCCAAGGCCUUCGCCACGAGUCUCAGCCAGCGUGUGCAGGACUUCUUGGCUGGCAUCUUGCGGGAAUGGCGCCACUGCAUCGAUCGUGACCGAGGACAGCAAAACGCGGGCCCACCAGCGGCACCAGCGGCUGAGCUCGUCUCGAAGAUCGCAGAGCUCGAGAAGCAGCUGAAGGAGCAGAAGGAGAUAGAGGCUGCCGUGCGGCGCGCUGCGGCAGACUCCAGCUGUGCGGAAGUGGAACAGCUCGCCCUGCUCCGCUUCUUCGAGCGGAGGGAGGCUGCGUUGUCCAAGGCCUUCGCCACGAGUCUCAGCCAGCGUGUGCAGGACUUCUUGGCUGGCAUCCUGCGGGAAUGGCGCCACUGCAUCGAUCGUGACCGAGGAGAGCAAAACGCGGGCCCACCAGCGGCACCAGCGGCUGAGCUCGUCUCGAAGAUCGCAGAGCUGGAGAAGCGGCUCAAGCAGCACGAGGAAAAAGAGGCUGCCAUGCAGCUUGCGUCGAUUGACUCGAGCUGUGCGGAAGUGGAGCAGCUCGCCCUCCUUCGCUUCUUCGAGCGGCGGGAGGCUGCGCUGUCCAAGGCCUUCGCCAGCCUCCUCAGCCAGCGUCUCCAGGACUUCUUGGCCAGCAUGCUGCACGAAUGGCGCCGGUGCAUCGAUGGCGACCGAGGCCGCACUGGCCACUCCCCUCGGCCCUUGCCACAGAUUGCGGUGCAGUUUGAAUCGCAGAUUCAGCCUCCGGCCGCAAUGUUGGAUGUGAGCGACAGAUACGUCAGCAGCCGCCAAACCUCCAAGAGUAGCACGGGAGCCGCUGCAGCAGCUUGGGACCGCUUCCACGAAAUGGACAUGGACAGCGAGCCUGAGCUUUGA